AAUGUUCAAAAAAAAAAAAAAAUAGUCAUUUUGAAAAGAAAGGCAGAAGUUGGACGGCAGCACCCAGCGCUUCCCAGAACAGCACACCGAUCUAUCUCCACAUUCUCACUUUAUAAGCCUCCUGUGGGUUGAACUAAAAGAAAAUACAAAAGCUGAAGCGAUCUCUAAUCAACAGACUCUCUCGGAGAUGGGAGAAAUGUCUUGGCCUACAGAGGCAGAGUUGGAUGGGAUCAAGAAGAUAGUUUCAGAAAUGUCGGGGAGAGGUAUGGAGGAAAUCCGAGUUGUAGUAUCUCCUUAUCGGAUUUGUCCAUUGGGAGCCCAUAUUGAUCAUCAGGGUGGUACUGUGUCGGCUAUGACGAUUAAUAGGGGAAUUCUGCUAGGAUUUGUCCCUUCUGGUGACACACAGGUUGUACUGCAUUCAGGACAGUUCGAAGGAGAAGUUAGAUUCAGAGUUAGUGAGACCCAGCGCCCAAUACAGACUAUUAAGAGGAAUGGAGAAAUUGGUAAAAAUAAUUCUACUCAAUCGCCAGAAGAAAGCAACUGGGGAUGUUAUGCAAGAGGAGCAUUGUAUGCAUUACAAAGCAGAGGGAACCAUCUUGUUCAGGGCAUCAUAGGGUACAUCUGUGGAUCUGAGGGUCUGGACAGUUCAGGCCUUAGCUCGUCUGCUGCCGUUGGAAUUGCCUAUCUGCUGGCUUUGGAAAGUGCAAACAAUUUAUCUCAAUCUCCAACCAAAAAUAUUGAGUAUGAUCGGGCAAUUGAAAAUGAAUAUUUAGGUCUGAGAAAUGGAAUAUUGGAUCAAUCAGCCAUAUUGCUUUCACGUUGCGGUUGUCUAACCUGCAUGAACUGUAAGACUAAAGAACACAAGCUCAUACGUCCUCCAAGUUGGCAAAAGGACCAGAAGACUGGGCCACAGAAAGCCUUCAAAAUUUUAUUAGCAUUUUCAGGCUUGAAGCAGGCCUUGACUACCAAUCCUGGAUACAAUCGCCGAGUUGCAGAGUGCCAAGAAGCAGCUAGAAUUCUUCUGCAUGCUUCUGGAAGUGGUGAACUGGACCCUCUCCUUUGCAAUGUUGAGCCAGAGGCUUAUCAAGCAUACAAGUUCAAGUUAGAACCAGAUCUAGCUAAAAGAGCAGAGCAUUACUUUUCAGAGAAUAUGCGGGUUAUCAACGGAUUGGAAGCUUGGGCCACUGGAGAACUGGAAGAAUUUGGAAGGCUUAUCUCAGCUUCUGGUCUAAGUUCUAUUGAAAACUAUGAAUGUGGUUCUGAGCCACUGAUUCAACUUUACAAGAUACUAUUAAGGGCUCCUGGCGUAUUUGGAGCACGGUUUAGUGGUGCUGGAUUCAGAGGAUGUUGUGUUGCAUUUGUUGAUGCUGAUCAUGCUUCAGAAGCAGCAAGAUUUGUCAGGGAAGAAUAUCCUAAGAUCCAGCCUAAGUUGGCAAGUCAAUUGAACAAAGAUACAGCUGUACUGAUAUGUGAAGCAGGUGACUGCGCCUGUGUAAUCUGAUCAAUGUUGAGGUAUUAUCUGUCCUUAACACUACUACGUCAUUGCAUUCUUUCAUUUUAUUCAUUGGAUCAUCAAUUGUGUCACAACACGAACUAUGAAUUGAUUGUAAUACCAAACAUAAGUUACACCUUGUGCGGUUUUCA